CGAAACGCAACGCGAGGCGGUGGACGAAGGAGAGGAGGAGAGAGAACAGCUUAGAGAGGGAGAUAUAUGUGGAUGUACUAAAGGGGAUGGGAGCAGCGCCGGAGCGUUAUUAGGAAUCCCACCAAGUCCAAGUCAGAGAGCUAUCAGGCUCUUCGCGUGCGUCACGGUGUGCCUUCUGGAGAGGGACUGCGUGGAAAGAGAUUCGGUAAGUGAGGAUAAAGCGCCACAACACCUGCGCCAAGACAGGAACAACUGGAAGACGUGAGAAGAUGACUCCGAGUUCUCGCCAGAGCUGGUGAAACCUUCUGCUCCGAAAUAUCUGGACACCUGCCAUGUAUUGACGAAUUGAUGCCAAACUUCAGAGAAAAAACCAACAGCAACAUCAGAUCACUUGUUGAGCUCCAUUAUAUCAUUAUAAUAACUACCACGCAAAAAAAAAGGACAUUUAUUUAGAAAGUGUGGAGCUUUUUGAUCAUGAGUGAACGCAUUAACAAGAACUCCUUACAUGCCCCAACUCAGUGAUUUGAAAAUACCAGCACCAGCAAUCCAUGAUUUGGAAUGGACCAAGAUCUGACUGUCAUUCAGUUGCUAUCACACACCUUGAACAGGGCUGUCAGUGCAGGCACGGCGAGCCACUGAGUCCUGGGGGCUCCAACUCUCUCCCCAAUGAGGCGGUUCUGGUGGGCCCGCCUGGCACAGCUGGGCCUGCUGGCUGUGUGGACCUGCAUAUGGCUGGUCCAGGGAUGCGGGCCCGGUCCCGGAUACGGCAUGCGCUCCAGACCCAGGAAGCUCACAGCCAUGCACUACAAGCAGUUUUUCCCCAACUUCUCAGAGAACAACCUGGGGGCCAGCGGGAGAGCAGAGGGCAAGAUCACACGCAGCUCUGAGCGCUUCAACGAGCUGGUGUGCAACUACAACCCGGACAUUGUUUUCAAGGAUGAGGAGAACACGAACGCUGAUCGCUUCAUGACUAAGCGAUGCAAGGACUGUUUGAACAGGUUGGCUAUCGCAGUGAUGAACCAGUGGCCCGGAGUGCACCUGCGAGUGACCGAGGCCUGGGACGAGGAUGGUCACCACCCGCAGGGCUCCCUUCACUACGAGGGCCGGGCUGUGGAUAUAACCACUGAUGACAGGGUAACGGAGAAGUACGGACUCCUGGCCCAGCUGGCUGUGGAGGCAGGCUUUGACUGGGUCCACUACGAGUCCAAGUAUCACAUCCACUGCUCAGUAAAAGCCGACCACUCUGUUGCUGUGGAGAGAGGCGGAUGUUUCCCAGGCUGGACCCGGGUGACCGUUGCUGGAGGGAGGCAGAAGACUCUGUCAUCGCUGUCUGCGGGCGACUGGGUCAUGGCUCUGUCUGAGACAGGCCAGGUGGUGUUCAGCCAAGUCCUCCUGUUUCUGCACCGCGACCGAGAGAGCUGCUCCACGUUUGUGUUCCUGGAGACGGAGGACGGGCACACGCUGGCCCUCACCUCGCACCACCUGGUCUUCGUAGACCCCCGGUGCAGGCGUGACAGCAGUCAGUACCAGGCCCAGUUCGCUAGCAGGGCCAAAACAGGAGACUGUGUUCUCAUCAGCACUGCAGGGGGUCAGGCCCGGCCAUCUCGAAUCGUCUCGGUGUCAGCGGCGGAGAGUGUGGGAGUGUACGCGCCCUUGACAGAAGCUGGGACUCUGUUCGUUGACGGGGUGCUGGCUUCCAGCUAUGCAGUGGUGGAGGACCACAGACUGGCUCACUGGGCGUUCGGACCUCUGAGGCUCCUCUACUCGUUGAACCAGCUACUUUGGGGGGAGACCAAAGAAGGGCCGAGCGCUGACUGCGAAAGAGCUUGCGCUAAAACUGCAACAAAUCUGAGCACUUUGACCACGAAGGACAGAGAAGAUGUAUAUGUAAAUAAUGACGGAGGAGAGAAUUAUAGUGAACCACUCAGGAUGGAGAUUCAAGAGAGGCUCUGCUUGGAAAGGCGGUUAUCAACAGUCCACUGGUAUGCCAGGUUACUGUAUCGAUUUGCAUGUAUCUUUUUAGAUUCAAGCUCAUUCUAUUAUUAAAAGUCUGCAAUGACGAACAAGAAAUACUGUAUCUCACACUCCAGCUUUUAUACACUUUACACUUAACCCUCCUUACAAAAACACUGGAUUUGCUUGUUUUAUUACAUUAUUCUUUGUAUCUUAAUUACUGUCCUGAUAAACACGACACUGAAACCCUAAAACAGAUUUCAAAUAAUGUAGCAACUGGCCUGAACAGGGUUGUAACAAGAAUAAAUAUCACAAUCUGUACGUCUGUCCUUUUUUUGUUACUUCAGUCAAAAAUGUAAAAAUAUGUAUUAUUCUAAAGGGGACAGGAAUGAAUUUCCCAAACAACAGAAUCUUUAUUUUUGUACUUUCUGAAUCAUAAUAUAUAGAUGUUGCAUCUCAUUAUUAUAAUUCCACUGCCUGCAUUGUAUGCACUGACUUGGUGUCAUAUCAUAAAACAAAUAAAA